AUGGCAUUUGAUAGAACGGAAAGAUUCGUGGAAAUAGCUACGUCAACUUCUGUUCGAGUGGGCCCGGGGACUUACGAUAUAUCGCUGGAUCCAUCAAAGCCAGCUCGAGAUCUGGACAACGCUUAUCCAUUUUUAAGCGGAGCUAGCAGGCAGACACUUGGCAUACCAAAAGAUGUGCACAAGUUCCCAGGUCCUGGUUCUUACAAUAUAGAAGCGCUACGGAAACGUAUACCAGAACGUGCAUUUUCCCUAUUUAUGCUUUAUUUGCAAUUCUUCCGUAUCAGCAUACGCGCGGAUAUUCGAUAUUGUCUAAGAUUUAAUAAUUUACAGGGUGGCAUUAGUCUUGAUUAUACCGAUGUUAGAUUUAAAAAAAAGGUGUGCGAAGGACCAAGUCCAACACAAUAUACCUUGCCGGAAGAUUUGUUUAAAGAAACGCCUCGAAAAAUAAGAUCCCAUCCGGGUACUUGGCGUGGUCCCGCAGGCAAAGAGACAAACUUUACCACUCUGAAGUACAAAGGGAACUUUUGGAGCAGAAUGAAAGGUAGAGAUGACGAACGGACUUCCGUGACCCCGGGUCCCGGGGACUACGAGCACGAAACAAAGAAAAGUCCCGCCCAAAUCCACGACGAGAGAAUUAGGGAAGUGAAAAGAGCCACCUCUAAGCAGCCACGUUUCUUGGAAGCUUUGUACCAGCAAAAAUUACGCCAAAACUUUCCAGCUCCCAAUCACUAUGACUUACCAAAAAGCGUGUUCGAUAAAUAUAAACGUAUUCUGUGUAAAUGUGACCCUUUGAUAGAAUCGCCGCCAUUCAAUCAAUCUACGAAGAGAUUCGAAGAGACUUUUCAAUCAGAUACACCCGGACCUGGAACUUAUGAAAUUACAGUUCCGCAAAUUUGUUAUGGUUCUAUUCUUCAUGCACCGUUUGGUUUUUUCGACGAUCGUUUCAAGAGAAUCGAAGAGGUGCUGCCAGGUAUAUGUUAUGUCCUGCAGAUUACCACACAAAUAUCGGAACUUUAG